ACUGACAGUUCGCUAACUGCAGAGAGCUCAAACAACCACCACUCCAAUCAUGAAGCUGGUGUUCCUGCUCGCCUGUCUUCUGGCGGUGGCCGUCGCCAGCGGCUAUUACGACAAUGACGACUACGAUUACGGUUACGGCUACGGCCGCUACUACCCGGGCCGCUACGGCGGCUACAGCCGACACUACGGGUACAGUCGGCACUACCCCAGCUACGGCCGCGGAUACGGAUACAGCCGGCAUUAUGGAUACAGCAAGCACUAUCCCACUUAUGGAUACAGCAGGUGAUAUCCGGGCGGUAUCGAGACGGAAUGACCCAUGGUUCUGGCGCUGCAAUGAUCAAGGACUUGCCCCCGGAUGAUGGUCGAUUACGAAAGAAAUCGUGAGUGUAUGGUGAACUAUACGUUUUUGACUGGCUUCUGGCCAUAUGAUGUGGAUCCAAUUGUUUUGGAUUUCUCCAGAACAUUGAGCAAUCAACAAUGCCUUUCUUGCGCAUCUUUCUUUGCUUUGAUACGUACUUGUUUCCACGUUGCUGCAUUAUUGAAUAAAUGUAAAGUUUCACUAAGCUUCAUUUGAUGCUGUUUUAUAUAGUGUUUUAUCACCAUUCAGCCUCUUUCAUAUUAUAAAACGACAAUAAAUAAAGAA